AUGGCUCUCCGCGGACAGACAAGCCCCUUCGGUCCCUAUGGUGGUCUUUGCCUCCAGUUCUUGACACGGAGUCAGGAACGUCAAGAGGAGACCGCGGAGAGGUUGGAGCCCCUUGGGGCAGGGUCUGGUGCGGCAGACAUCGAGUACGAGCAGUUUAUGAAGGCCAAGGAAGUGCAGAGGGUUAUGUUCCAGCAAGAGAACAAAACCAUAGUACACCAAUGCGCCGACACGGACAUCAUCGAGGCUACAACAGGGUCCAUUGCAUGCAUCGAUGGGAACCAAGCCGCAGCUCACGUUGCCUACGCCCUCAGUGACUGCGCCUUCAUUUAUCCCAUCACACCGAGCUCUCCGAUGGGAGAGAUGGUGGACGAAUGGGCCGCGCAAGGCCUCAUCAACUGCUACGGACAGAAGCUCAGUGUGACGGAGAUGCAAAGCGAGGCUGGCGCAGCCGGUGCUCUCCACGGGGCAUUGAAAGCAGGUGCCUUCAGCACCACCUUCACAGCCAGUCAGGGUCUGCUGCUGAUGAUCCCGAACAUGUACAAGAUCGCGGGCGAGUUGCUGCCGUGUGUCAUGCACGUCGCCGCACGGGCUCUGGCAGGACAGGCCUUGUCCAUCUUCGGGGACCACAGCGAUGUGAUGGCCUGCCGCUCGACCGGUUGGGCCAUGCUGGCGUCCGAGUCGGUGGAAAUGGCGCAGGUGAAUGCUAUUGUUGCCCACCUUGUGUCCAUGGAGCGACGGGUCCCAGUGCAGCACUUCUUUGAUGGGUUCCGCACCAGCCACGAAGUAAACAAGAUCAAGCUCAUCGACUACAACACUAUGAAGUCCUUCAUCAAUUGGGAUGCUGUUAAGGAACAUCAUGACCUAGCAAUGAAUCCUCGCCACCCACAUGUUCAGGGCACGUCGCAGGGUCCUGACAUCUUCUUCCAGUGUGUCGAGGCGGGCAACACCUUCUAUGAUGGACUGGCAGAUCUCUUUGAGGAGAAGGGCAAGCUGGUGCAAGAGCAGACCGGCUUGCACUUCGCUCUUUACGGCUAUGAAGGGCAUCCAGAGGCCAAGCACGUGAUAGUGGUGAUGGGCAGUGCCGCCGUGACUUGCGGAGAGACGGCCAUGUUCUUGUCGCAGCACAAGGGGCAACGCGUCGGCGUGCUGAAGGUGCGUCUCUUCCGGCCCUGGGACAGCUCGCGGUUUCUGGCAGCCUUGCCAAAGACAACGGAGCGUAUCUGCGUGCUGGAUCGCACCAAGGAGCAGGGGUCCCAAGGAGAGCCGCUCUUGUUGGAGGUUGCCUCGAUGCUGCAUGCCAGUGCUCACCCGGAGAUCGUCGUCGUCGGAGGCCGCUAUGGGCUGGGCUCGAAAGAGUUCACGCCCAACAUGGUGCUGUCCGUCUUCGAGAAUCUCGCCAAAGACAGCCCGAAGCCGAGAUUCGUCGUGGGCAUCGAAGACGAUGUGACGCACCUGUCUUUGCCGGUGGGCCCAUGGCUCAAUGUGCUUCCAGAGGGCACCACGGAGUGCAUGUUCUAUGGGCUUGGCAGUGAUGGUACCGUCGGGGCAAACAAGAGCGCCGUGAAGAUGAUUGCCCUGGGAACCGAGCUCCAUGCGCAGGCAUACUUCGAGUAUGACGCCAAGAAGAGCGGCGGCGUGACCAUCAGCCACCUGAGGUUCGGGCCGAAGCCCAUUCACGCUCCCUACAACGUCCGUGCUGCCGACUACAUGGCCAUCCACAAAUCGAGCUACGUGCACAACUAUGACAUGACCCGUUACCUUAAGCAGAACGCCGUCUGCGUGAUCAACUGCUCCUGGGACGUGAAGGAGUUGGAGCAGCAGCUGCCUGCCAAGAUGCGGCGCGAUCUUGCAGAGAAGAAGGCAAAGCUGUUCAUCAUUGAUGCCACCAAGAUUGCUGUCAAGGCCGGACUGGGCAAGCGCAUCAACAUGAUCAUGCAAACCGUCUUCUUCAAGCUGAGUGCCGUCAUGCCGUACGAGGAGGCCGUGGAGAUGCUGAAGAAGAGCAUCAAAAAGAUGUAUGGCAAGAAGGGCGACAAAGUGGUGAAGAUGAACAUCGAUGGGGUCGAUGCUUCAAUUGCUGGCAUCGUGGAAUGCGAAGUUCCACCUGCUUGGGCGUCCCUGGCAGUCGACACGGAGGCUUCCGAUGCCAAGACCAGCAUUGUCGCCUAUGCCAAGGGACCUCGCAUGUUCCCGGAAGUGCAGAAUGCCUCGCAGUUUGCCGCGCAAGUGCAGAAACCUUGCAACAAUCUGGAUGGUAACUCUCUUCCUGUGAGCGCCUUUGUGCCCGGUGGCCGCGUGCCAUGUGGUACCAGUCAGUACGAGAAGCGUGGCAUUGCCAUCCAGGUGCCUACGGUAGACAUGGACAAGUGCACGCAGUGCAACAAGUGCAGUCUGAUCUGCCCCCAUGCAGCUGUGAGACCAUUCCUGAUGACCUCUCAAGAGCUUGGGAAAGCACCGGCAUCGUUCAAGGAAGGCAGUCGUUCUGCCAUCGGAGGAGGUGUGUUGGAUAACUACCAGUACCGCAUUCAGGUGUCGCCUUGGGACUGCACUGGCUGCGAGCUUUGCGUGCGCAUUUGCCCCGCGGAUGCACUUACCUUGGGUCCGGCCGAGAAGGUCAUUCAGGAAGAGGAGGCCAACUGGAACUUCGCCGUGGCGCUACCAGACCGCGGCGACGAAAUUGACAAGACGACGGUCAAGGGCUCUCAGUUUCAGAAACCAUACCUUGAAUUCUCAGGGGCGUGCGAGGGCUGUGGCGAGACGCCGCACGUGAAGCUGAUGACGCAGCUCUUCGGCGAUCGACUUGUUAUUGCCAAUGCCACAGGCUGCUCCUCCAUCUGGGGUGGCUCCAACCCAUCCUUCCCGUACACGACAAACAACAAGGGAGAGGGCCCCGCCUGGGCCAACUCCUUGUUCGAAGACAAUGCUGAGUUCGGCUUCGGCAUGCGCAAGGCCUUCAAGCAGCGCCGCGACUACCUCGCAAUGCAAGUGGAGGACACCUUGGCGGAUAAGUCCGUGACGAUGUCCGACGAACUUCGUCAGGCACUGCAGCAGUUCCUGGUGAUGCGCAAGGAGCAGAUGCACGACCUCUUGCUGCCGAAGGGCCGCAGCAUCUACCAUCAGAUCAUGGAGAAGCUCGUGCCGCUUUUGGAGAAGGAAAAGGGCACGCAUCCAAAGAUCCACAACCUCUACGACUUGGAAGACAUGUUCGGCCGCAGCAGCUUCUGGAUUGUUGGUGGAGACGGUUGGGCCUACGACAUCGGGUACGGUGGCUUGGACCACGUAAUUGCCAGCGAGGAGCACGUGAAUAUCCUCGUCCUUGACACGGAGAUGUACAGCAACACGGGCGGUCAGGCGUCGAAGGCAACACCCAAGGGAGCGAUGGCCAAGUUUGCCGAGGGCGGCAAGCUCACACAAAAGAAGGACCUGGGGCAGAUGGCCAUGACUUACAAGAACGUUUACGUCGCAAGCAUCUGCGUUCACGUGAACCCUCAGCAAGCUGUGCGAGCUCUGAUCGAGGCGGAUGCCUAUCCAGGCCCUAGCCUGAUUCUGUCCUACACCCCAUGCAUUAGUCAAGGCUUCCCGAUGGCGGAGUCAAUCCAGCAUUGCCAGAUGGCCGUUGACAGCGGCUACUGGCCGCUCUACCGCUAUAAUCCCGAAGCUGCGGCGCACGGCAACAAUCCCUUCCAGCUCGACAGCCGAAAGAUCAAGGGCGACCUGUUCAAGCUCCUGGCAAAGGAGAACCGCUUCGCAGCAGUGAUGCGUCGCGACCCGAAGCACGCCGAGGAGUUGGACAACAAGCUGCAAGAAAAUGUGGUGCAGAAGAAUCACCUGCUGCAGGUCCUGAACAAAGAGGACUUGGAAGGGCAGUUCUCCAAGUUGGUCGAAGGUCUGUCGGAUGCGAAGAGCUCGGGUGACUCUAUCACGGUGCUAUAUGGCAGUGAGACCGGCAAUGCGGAGGAGCAGGCGAAGAAUCUGAUGCAAGACCUCAUUGCACGCGGACUGAAAUCCACUGUGAGCUCGUUGGAUGACUUCGAGUUCGAGGAGCUGCCAAACCAGAAGAUUGUCAUCUUGGUGGUGUCCACGUGCGGACUGGGCGAAUAUCCGGCCAACUGCAAGCAGACCUGGCUCAAGCUCCAGUCUCCGGAUCUGCCAAUGUCCUGGCUGGCAGGCGUGAAGUUCUGCGUCUUCGGCCUGGGCGACUCCACCUACAGCCAGUUCUGUGUGGCUGCUGCCGGCUUCGACACCCGCUUCGGCGAGCUCGGCGGGCAGCGCAUGCUGAAGCGCGGCGUGGGCGACGACCGUGAUGAGGACAGGUACUACACUGGUUGGGAGGCCUGGCUGCCGGAGCUGUGGAAGGUUCUCGGGGCUCCGGCUUUGCCGCUGAGCCAAGACAUCCCUGCGCCUUCCUAUCGAGUGGAUGCAUCCGCAGGCGACGUGGCAAAGCCACCCAUCAGCGAUGAUGACAUCAUCCCGCCCGGUGCCAACAGACUCACGCUGCUCACCAACAACGUGCUGACAGGGGAUGCCAAGUACGAUCGUGACAUUCGGCAUUAUGAGUUCAAGAUUGAAGGCACCAACGUUGCGUACAAGACAGGCGAGAGCCUUGCCAUCUGGCCCCGCAACCCGGAAGACAAGGUCCUGGAAUUCUGUGAGAUGAUGGGCUUCGAUGCCGGGCAGCACCUGCGGAUCCUGCCGCUCGAGGGUGCCCGCAACUGGUGUCCUACGGAGCUGAGCGUGCGCCAGCUUUUCUCCCACGUCUUGGACAUCUUCGGAAAGCCGAACAGGAAAUUCUUCCAGACGUUGGCUCUCUUCGCAAAGGAUGAGGCCGAGAAGAAGCAGCUCCAAAGCAUCGUCGAGAACAGCCAGGAGGGUGCGGCUCUCUACCGGGACUUGACACACGACUUCGCACACCAUGCAGAUGUGCUGAAGAAGUUUGCUAGUGCACGACCCCCCAUCGAGCACUUGCUUCAAAUGAUGCCAGUCCUGAAGCCCCGCAGCUAUUCGAUUGCCAGCUCGCCGUUGAUGCAUCCGGACAAGAUCCAGCUUUGCGUGGUGUUGGUGGACUGGACGGUGGAGAGCACCAAAGAGCUCCGCCUUGGCGAGUGCACAGGCUACAUGCAGCUGCAGAAGCCGGGAGCACAGAUCAUGUGCGCCGUGCGAUCGAGCGCCAUUGUGCUGCCCAAGGAGCCAGAGAAGCCUGUCAUCAUGGCCGGCAUGGGCACAGGAUUGGCCCCGUGGCGUGCUGUCACGCAGGAGCGAGUGAUGCAAGCCAGGCAAGGGCUCAAAGUUGGCAAGUGCAUGCUGUUCUUUGGGGCCCGGUACAAGCAGGAGUGGCUCUACAGAGAAGAAUUUGAGAGCUACGAGAAGGAGGGCGUGUUGCAAAUGCACACGGCCUUCUCGCGUGAGCAGGCACGCAAAAUCUACGUUCAGCACAGAAUAGUGGAGGCGGGAGCCGACGUCGCAGAGAGGAUGUUGAAUCAGGGUGGCCAUUUCUACGUCUGCGGAUCUGCACGACAAGUGCCCGAAGAUAUCUACACUGCCAUGAAGGAGGUGAUGAUGGCGCACGAGCGGUGUGCUGAAGAAGAUGCGGAAGCAAUACUCUCCAAUCUCAAGAUGGAGGGCCGUUACACCGUCGAAGCUUGGUCGUGA